AGCGUUCUACUAAUUGCUCUAGAGUUGCUUUACAUUUACCGCGUUUAAUCACUUUGGUAGGGUUUAAGAGGAACAUUUGGGCGCGAGCGGGAUUUCUCACUAUCUGUGCCGGGAGCGAGAAAAGAUGAAGCCCAGGACUCGGCAGCGGCUGAAGGCAGCCCAAAAACCUUUGGAAUCGAAAGGGCCCGAGGUUAUUGUGAUCGAAGACAGCGAUCAGGAGCAAGACGACGCCAUGGCUGUCAAGGAAAACCAUCGCCCAAGCCCCAUUGCUGCGAUGCAAGCCAGCGAAAACUCUCCAGCGCUAGAGGCGGACAAAGACAAGAAAAAGAGCGGCAGUGCUGGCGUUGUUGGUAGCCGGAUCUAUGACUCCGACAAUGGAACUUCGUGCCACCAGUGUCGACAGAAAACUCUUGGACUCAUGGCGAGCUGCAAGAGUGAAGAGCGAUCUUGUAGCUUGAACUUCUGCUCGAAGUGUUUGCAAAACAGAUAUGGUGAAGAUGUAGCAAUUGUGAAUGGUUUGAAUGCUUGGACGUGUCCAAGGUGUCGUGGGAUAUGCAACUGUAGCUAUUGCAUGAAGAAGAAAGGUUGCAGCCCAACCGGGAUGGUGUCACAUCUCGCCAAGUCGAUAGGAUGUGCGUCCGUCGCUGAGUUCUUGACAUCAGAUCCGGCAGAUCAGGGUAAAAGCAUCGAACUUAAGAAGUUGGAGUUAGAGGAGAAAAAGCCAGUGGAAGCUAAGCAACGUAAAAGAAAACGAGUACUAGCGGAAGCGAGUAUAACUAAUGUUCAAGCGAACACUGACAUGGCCCAGGCUGACUUGUUAGAGAAGAGAAGUAUAGCAGACAAUGACGAGAAGAAGGCAAAGAAAGCCAGCCGGAAGCGGGUCCUGGCCCGAACUAGACUGAGUAAACUCGAGGGAGACGCGGCGUUGCGAGAAAACAAUUCCAUCACGGUCCCGCGAUUGGACAGUUUGUCGGAGGUACAACCAGAGAGAACUGUAAAUCCGACACUCGCAACGAAGCUGUCAAAGAAAAACGCAGAUGCGGAAGAGAAACACGAAACUCGAGAUCUAUUAGUCGAGCUCAACAUCGACCUGGCCGCGGAAAGCACAAAAGCCCAGGAAAUAGCUCUUCCCGACGGUGAAGCACUCAAAACCGUAGCUGGAAUUGAGCUGCCGCAAGAGUUGAUUGGGCCAGCACUUCAGCUGCUAGAGUUCUGCUCGGCUUUCCAAAAGCUUCUUUGUUUGCGAGACGGCCAAGCGGAAGAUGCGUUGCAAGAAAUGAAUCAAGGAUUGAUGUCUCAAAGGGGUCCGCUUGUUCAUCUGCAUGUGAAACUGUUAUCUUUUGCGUCGGAGGAUGUCAGCGAAGGGAGUUUCUCCGCUCCGACAAGAGCUUCAUGGCUGGAGUCGCUUAAAGACUAUGUGUCACGAACAUCUUCAGGCGUAGACGCAGUUGUAAAUGCCUUGGAAAACGGUGUUGAUGCCUACGAGAAGCUGGAGCUACACACAAAGCUGCACUUACUAAACAGUCUCUGUGACGAUUGUCUCUCCACCGCGAGAUUCAGGGAGUUUAUGGAGAAUGCUGCCAACGUCAAGGUCCAGCAGCAGCAAGCAAACGAUGAGAUUUCAGCUGCUCGAAAAGAGGUGAGAGCUGCUUUGCAAAAGACAAAAGCUGCCGAGGCAAAAAGAUUGCUGGUCUUGGAAACAAAUGGGAGUUCGCUCACUGCAGACCAAUGCAACUGUCUACUUGCAAAAGUACGUAUGCAGGAGCAACGAUCCAUCGCUGCACAGAUGGCGCUAGCGGAAGUGGUCUGCAAAUCAAAGAUGCAGCAGUGUAACGCUCAAAGAACAGAGCCUGUAGCUACUGUCGGGUCGCGUAUUUUUUGGAAGUUGAGAGGUGCUGACCAGAGAAGCAUAGUGGUGAUCCAAGAUGUCUCACGAGGGGAGAAUCGCAGCGCACAGGAAUCCUGGUCGAGGUACUCGCGAGACGAGGAAGAAAAGCUGAUCAAGUUUAUGGCGUCUGAGAGACUCAAGAUCCAGAGACUCUCCGCAAGCAAACACAUAAGUGUAGAUGCUCUGUAGGGACUAAAAAACCAUUUUCCUCGCUGCGUUAUUGUUGAAACUCUUGCAAUGCUCUCACGUUUCUUGAGGACUGUGAUUUUGUUUAUGGAUCAUGUCAUAAAGUUCGUGGCUAUAGAAAAAUCGCUAUUUACAUUCUUCUA